AUGAGUCAGAGUGCCCGGCCCGUCGUCGGUUUGCCAUCACCAGAGGGCUCACUGGAGCCGCCCGACGGCCGGAUCGCGCACACCCUCACGGCCUGUACGAGAUGCCGACAGCGCAAAUCCAGAUGCGACCCCGGAAUCCCUCGAUGUGCUCCCUGCGAACGGAGCAAUGCCAAGUGCGUCUAUUACGACUCCACCCGUGACACCACCAUCCCAAGGACGUAUAUCGUAUCGCUGCGGGAAAAGGCCCGCGCCCUCGAAAAUGAGCUCGCUCGGGCCGAGAAGGAUAUACAGCAUGCCGCCGACGCGGAGUUGAUGGUACGGGGCGCUGGACGCAUCCGCUUCAACCAGCAUGACGAGCCUCGAUACCUGGGACCCUCGAGCGGUAUCGCCAUGAGCCGCCUGGUCAUGGAGAUCGCCAAGCAAAACACCGAGUCGAAAAGUAUCAAGGAUGUCGUACCCGAGUUGACGGCCCAGGAAAUCAAGGCAGCAUUUGCGCAAGAGGACUCCAAACCGACAUCCAAGGUGUAUCCCAUGAUCAGCUCACUUGCCGCGGACGAGCUUCCUCAGGAUAGGACUGUGAUCUACAGGCUGAUAGAUCUCUACAUAUUAAAAGCACAAAGACUUCUUCCAACAUUACACGAACCAAGCUUCCGCAGGGAAGUCGAGGAAGUGCUCAACGGCUCGACCGAUCCCUGCUAUAACUUUCAAAUACGCAUGGUCCUUGCCGUCAGCAUGCAGAAGACUAGCCCGGACUAUGCCGGCUUAGCGGACAGCUACUACUUGGCCGCCUUGCCAUACCUAGAACCGGUUCUGAAGCAAAUGGAUUUGAGGGCACUGCAGUGUCUAGUCUUAAUUGCUCAAUAUUCCAUGUUGACUCCUACUCGCACAGCUGCCUACUGGGUCGUGGGGACUGCGGUCAAGCUAUGCCAGGACCUGGGGUUAACAGAAGAGGCCACCAUCACCAAGUCUCCUUGUGGCCAACUUUUGAACCCUUUAGAAAUUGACAUGCGUCGAAGAAUGUUCUGGGUCGUAAUUUCCAUGGAAUUUGGGCUUUCUCAUAGCCUGGGACGUCCCUGUUGCUACAGCAUCGCACACGACAAUGUCGAUGUCAAGUUUUUCGAGCUGGUGGAUGAUCGCUAUAUCACCGCCGAAGGCAUCACUCCUGGUGCAAAACCCGUCCUCUCCAAAUGCGUCUCUGUUCACUUCCUCAAAAUGCGUCUGUUACAAUUAGAGGGUCGACGAGUGCUCUACUUGAAUCGACGUGAAACACCCGUCGAUGAUCAGGACCCGUGGUUCACCCAAAUGCAGGCAAAGAUGGACCACUGGAUGGACUCCUGCCCGAGGAACGAUGAUGGUAGUGGGCUCAAUGUGAACUGGUUCGAAGGUAGACGAAAUACCAUUAUCUGUCUCAUGUAUCGGCCAUCACCUCAGAUACCCGAGCCGUCUGUCAAUGCGGCAAAGAUCUGCUAUGACGCGGCUGUUUUCAACAUCGCCAUGCAUAAAGAGCAAACAAUCACGGGCUCUGUCGACUUGACAUGGAUUUUCACUCAGUCCCUCUUCAUGGUUUUAAACACUGUUCUCUGGACUCUGUCUUAUCCUGAAAUCCGCAAGGAGCAUCCUAUUGAGGAGGUUCAGGGUUACUUGGAUACAGCUCUUGAGGUGAUUGUCUUCGCGGCUGAACGAUGGCCGGGUGUCCAGUCUGCAUUGCUCCUUUACAGACGUCUCAUCGUGGCCUGUCUAAAGGCCUAUCAAACCGAAGAAUCAUUCGUCGUACAUUCGCCAUCCAAUCACCCGACUCCGACUUCUUCUCAAGAUGUCAUGACUCCUCCGGCAAUGUCCAGCCCCUCCAGCACCACGACUGCUUCCUACUACUCACAAGGCUAUAGAUUCAAUGGAAUGCCUUUAACUGAUGAAAGCCCUUCAGUCGGUACCCUUUCACGGGGUCAUUCUGCUGACCCUACCGUUCCGUUCCCGCAACCGGUUCAAGAACCCACUCCUCCAGUCUAUGCACCGGACCCAGUCAAGUCGACACCAAUUGCCCCUACAGUGCCAACAUAUGGCAUUCAACCACCGCCUGCGGCGCCGGAGAUCGGGUCUCAAUUCACCUCUCACGACUUCGGAAUACCUAAUGACCUAUUCUCUGAUAUUCUCAUUGAUCCCACUACUCCUUACAACCCCAUGCCCUCAGGAAUUCCUGGUGUCCAAGGAUGGGAUCCUCACUUCUCCCUUGCCUCGACCACAGCUGGUCAUCUGGCUUAUAUCGACGCCGCGGUCGACCCAAUGCAAUGGACGACUUCUAUCUCAGACCAGUACUCUCAGUACUUCGCCACACCUUUCCCAUCCGAGUCUUGGCGUGAGCGCACGCUCAGUCAGCAGGAGCAGAUUGAACUGAUGGCAUCACUGGAACAGAACAUUCCGGACGUCUCUGCUCAGCUGGUGCGCGAGUCUCAUGCCUUCUACCAGUCAUGA